CCACUUUAAUCCUUUCCCCAUACGCGUGGUAUCUGUUUUGGCAGCAUGGCUUCUUCAGCGAAAAGACGAGCAGUUGGAAAAGGAGAAAAUCCCGCUGAUAGUGAGGAUAACAGCUCUGAUGAAGGAUUGGAAAACGACGGUGAUUCAUUAGAGAAUGACAGCGGAUCAGAAGAGGAGAUCAAUGAAGAGGUCAUUGUAGACUUCGAGGCCCAUACCAUUACUCACAAUGACUACAACGGGGUCAAGAAACUCAUGCAACAGCUGUUUCUGAAGGCUCGUGUCAAUACAUCCGAGUUGACCGACCUCCUCAUCCAGCAGAAUCAUAUUGGAAGCGUCAUCAGGCAAGCAGAGGUGCCAGAGGACAGCGAUGAUGACGAGGAUCCAGCCGAUGAGGUGUUUGGUUUCAUCAGCAUGCUCAACCUCACUGAGAGAAAGGGUGUCCAGUGUGUGGAGGAGGUAAAGGAUCUGAUCCUGGGUCAGUGUGAGAAGAGUUGUCCCCAUAGUGUGACAGACGAUCUGGAGAAGGUCCUCAACGACACCACUAAGCCUGUGGGACUGCUGCUCAGCGAGAGGUUCAUCAACGUGCCCCCACAGAUCGCCCUGCCUCUCCACAAACAGCUACAGGAGGAGUUGGCAGAAGCCCAGAGCAGCAACAAGCCCAGUGGGAAGUGUCAUUACUGCCUGAUGAUCAGUAAGACCUAUAAGGAUCCCUCCAAGACGGUCGCUGCCCGAGGAGCCCCGCCCAACGACGAGCUCACCUUCGUCAACGCAGAGGAGGAGUUCUUCUAUGAGCAAGCCACCAUGAAGUUCCACUACUCGGUGCAGGAGGAGACGGACAGCGUGCUGAGCGGGCGGUGGUCCUUCGACGACGUCCCCAUGAAGCCGCAGCGUACCGUGAUGCUCAUCCCGGCAGACAGGAUGUCAGCCGUCAUGGACAAGCUCAAAGAAUUCCUGACCGUGUGACCAACCGUACAAGAGUAAAAAAAAAAACUCUGGUGAACGAAACAGGACUGAUGUCUUUAAAACAAGCCCCCUCUGGAUGAUUAUUUUUUGCAAUGUAAAAUUCGAUACAAAACAUUGAAAGGACUGGAAUCCUUGUUGUUAGGGGAGAAUAACGUCAUUUUGUAACGGGUCCCUAAAGCCCAGCGGUUUUAUCUAGCAGGUUUUUUUUUUUUUUUAAUGUAUCUUUUGACAAAAUAAAUAAUUUCAGACCUUC